AUGUUGGAAUAUACGAAAGAUGUUGAUUACAAGUCAGAAUUCAUUGGCGAAUGCAGAAAAUUUAUCAAAAUUUUAAAGAAUCCUUCAUUAAAGUUCGGCACACUUAAUAACUACGCAUUAAACAAAAUAGCAGAUAGAAUACCAAACAUUGUUUUAGGAUUGAUGUAUAAUCCUGAGUUUGCAGAUAAUGUUAAAUUAUUAAAUGAAUUAUUUAGAGUAUACUUACUAAUUACUAGUCAUCAUGAAACAUACUACUCAAAUCUGAAGCAUGCAUACGAAUCAUCCACGUAUUCUUUCGAAGAAGAAAUUUAUCAUUUUAAAUACAACUUAACUACGUAUGAUGGCAUUAAAAAGAAGUUUAAUCCUGGUCUAUUAAAGCCAAUCUUCAACACUACAUAUUCAAGAGAGUACGAAAAAAACAUAAUCGAACAAACUUACCCUCUUCGGCUUUUUAUUCGAGCAUACGCUCUAAUUGAAGACAUGCCGAACAUUCUACAGUAUUUUGCGUACAUGGUUCAUAUCAAUUGUGUCUCAAAUGAGUAUUGGUGCCGAAAAUUUUUCAAAGAAGUGAAAAAACAAAAUUUAGAAUACUUCCCUUUCCUUUUAGAUCGAAUUACUCCAACAUUCGAGCUUGUUGGAAUGAAAGAAGUCUGUGAAGCUCUUAAAUGGGCUCGUUCUCUCAACUCCUCAUCGAGUACAAAUGCUUCAAAAGAUCUCAUUUCUGCAUUGAAAGAAUUUUAUUGUGCAACUGAUUAUUAUCACUAUGAUUACGGAUUUAACAAAUUUGAAGAUGAAGAAUAUGAUGAUACACCUUAUUCUAUUGUUUCUGGUAAGAUGUAUGAUGCUUCCAUUGAUCCAAAUAAUGAAAUACUAAAUGACGAUGAUUCAAAUUAUGAUGAUGAGGAUUAUAAUGAUUCAAGCAAAGAAACUUAUUACUAUGAUGAUGUAGAUUAUAAUGCUGAUGAUGAGAAUGAAACAAAAGACACUUCAAAUGAAAAAGAAGAACUUUAA